AGAGUAGAGCAAAGAUUCGCUGGGGGGUGUAGAUCAAGAGGGGUUGCGAUAAGUACACACACACACACGUAGAUAUAUAUAGGCAGUCUCUCUCACGCAUACACGCACACACACACACUGCAGCAAGAGCGAGAGAGAGACUAUCAUCUAUUCAUCAGCUCUCUCGAGGGCGCAGACACUCGCUCGCUUGCUGUGAGAGAGCAGCGCAGAGCAAACAUAUAUAAUACGCGCGCGGAAAUGUGGGAACAAUAAUUACAACGCUCGCGAAUUUUCCAAAGUGCUGCUGCUGUGUAGUUACACAUACGUAUAUACAUAUAGUGCUCUUAUCAUUGUUUUCUUCGCUGCAACUUUUUGGAUCGCGCUCGCGACGCGUGAAACCCUCUGUGCGCGCUCGACUCGAUGCGGCAAAUCGUCGAGUCGUCUGCUCGUUUGUAAUAUAACGUAUAUAGCCCUCGAGCUUCUGCUCAACAUAUAUACACACUACACAAGUGUCACACAAGACGUCGAAGCGAAGCGAAGCGCUGCUGCAUCCCGUCCGCAUUUUUGUAUCGAUAUAAUCCGUCCUUUCCGCAUCGCGAUACGCUCGCACGGUAAUUAAUCAUAUUAUACAGUACCGUGCAUAUACAUAGCUCCAUUGUCCAAGCAAUAUAUAUACACACAAUCAUCUUUGCACACGAUUUCUACGCAUAUACAUACCACACACGGUUCGGUGCAGCUUAUACGUACGUAGUGCAAGCACGCAGCAGAGCAGGAGCGCUUUGCUGCCGUGUGUGUUGUAUAUAUCAAGCCCCGCCAAAACUUGCGAAAAUGGCGGAGCAAGGCGAAAGCUGCAAUCAAUUGCCACCCGGUUGGGAAUGCCGAUACGAUGGCAGAAGUGGUCGAGCAUACUUCAUCAAUCAUUUCAAUCGUUCCACGACUUGGGAAGACCCAAGAGUGCGUUAUUGGCAGUACGCUCAGUAUUUACAAUCCCAAAAUUCAACCACUCCAAGUUCAAUCACAACAGAUCACCCAAGCGAAUCGCUACCCCUGCUGUCAAGUGGAAGCACUGCGAUUGGACAUAUAACAUAUUCUGGAGCUCACAGAGUUCCACAAGUCUAUCCAACUCCUACGCCUUAUUCUAACCCACAGCUUGCAUUCUUACCUCCAAGUUUGAAGGAUCUCAAAACGCCAAUAUCGACACGUUCUGUAAGUGGCUUGACAAACAGACUCGGCGAUCUGACAAUCGGCUCACCCACUCCAAUCAGAACGGAAAACAGCUUGAUCCAGAAUACCGAUAUCGAAUUACAAGUGGCAAAAAUCAACACCAUGUUCCCCACAGUAUCCGACACUCAUAUUCGACUCCUUCUAAAAAAGUACCAUAACAGACCGGCGCUGGUCGUCAGCGCUCUCCAGGUCGAGAAGAAUCCUCUGUGCCAGCCAGGACCCUGCACGCCGAUCGGCGUGCACUCGAGCUACUCGUCGAUACCGAGAUGGCAUCUGCCGGCUCAGGCCAUUCACGCCGCACUGACGCUGAGUCCGCCGAUUCGAGGCUUAAAACCAAUCACGCCGCAUUCCCCAAAAAUGAAACUUAGGUACCUCAAAGGCAUGUUCCCGAAAGUCGACGAGUACAUACUGCUCGAUUCCUUGGAGCAGUCCGAUAACAACGUUCAAAAGGCUACGGACAGACUACUCGAAAUGGGCUACGAGAAACGUACUUCCGCCGCACCUUCGAGGUGCUAUUACCCCAAAAAACCAGAAAAGCUUCCGGCGUUACCACCUGCUCCUACUCCUACGCCGCCUCCUCGUAUGAAAUCGAUCGAAGAAAAAAAUAAAAUGAAAAAUCGAUUGAUGAGAAAAUUCGAAGCGGUACCGGAAAAAGUCAUAUGGCUGGCUUUGGACAGUGUGGAUUACGAUGAAGAUCGUGCCGCCCACAUUCUUGACAUAAUGAUUGCCGAAGAAGCGAUCAAACCCUUGAACACGUCCAGUAGUCAGAGUAGUAACAGAAGCGACGAUAGAAAAGAUCAUCAUCCAGUGACCGAAGCUCUGAAAUUAACCGCGUCACCCAUAAAGAGAAUUACCAAAAAUGACGUGGACAUCGAAAAAUCAAAACGGCCGAAAACCAAAAGUGAAGUUCCUAAGGUUUCACGAGGAACGAGUACAGCGGAAGAUAACGAUUAUAAAUCUCCUUACCUUACGAGACCAAUGGGUCCGAAUCCAGAUUUAAUCAAAGGAGCAGAUAACGAUAUACUUCUACCAGAUUAUGCGCCAUGGUCUGGACCCGAUCCUUCGAACUUGUUAAAGAACACUUACACGAGAUCCGUCGCGUGUGGCAAAGACACGCAAUUAGCCAAUGGUACAUCGAAUCUAGCUAAAGGUUCCAAUUCAGAACUACGUAAAGGACCGUUACGAGGAUUAGCCCAAGGUUCAAUUUAUUCUCAAAGAAUUUCUACGGGUGUUGAGAGUCGAGGUGAAUGAAAUACUCUUAGCUGUUACUUUCAGUUCGAUUUUUUUUGAUUCAUUGAUUUUUAAAUUUUAGGUAGAACUUCGAACCAAACCAAUUCGUGAUAACUACCUACUUCCUCCGUGAUUUACAUUGGCGAGAGCAGUAAUAGUAUUCGUGAAUUGGUUUCGUUCAAAUUUCCACCGAAAGCUCAUAAAAAGUGCAACGAUAAGUCGACAAGUUUUUAUUUUUGUAUGGAAAUUUCUGCUCCAUUUUAUUGGUAUAGCUGAGUUUCGAAAGUUUCAAAUGAUUAUUUUUAAUGCAUACAGUUAAACAUGUAUGCGUAGCAAAAAUCAAUUAGUAUGAAUACCAAUAACGGGUAUUUAAAAUCUCUUAUUUUUUAUAAAAAUAUUUUUUAAAACUUGUGUAAGUGUACAUCAAAAGCCUCUCAACAUCAUAUUCGAUUUAAAAAAAAAUUAGGAAAAAUUGUAAAAAAAAUAAUUAAACUUUCGUGUGCAAUGUAGAUCGAUCUUAAGGGUAUUGCAAGUUACUCUAGUGUCUUUUGAAUCAAACAGAUACUUUUUCCUUGAAACUUGCAAAACAAACUUUGAGACGAUGAAAAUACUCCCUUUUCUUAUUACUACCGAAUUAUAAUACGGCAAUGAUAAGAAUCUAGUCAUAAUGUAGGCAGAAAAUUGACUUAUUUUCAACAGUAUUAUUUAGACUAAAUAAAAUCUAACUAUUAAGAUCUUUCCAUUAGCACAUACAUUUAUAUACUACACUAGUAAGCAGAUAUUUUAAUAAAAAUCAAUCAAUACUGCACGUUUUUGAUGAGUGAACACGUUAACAUAAUAGUGAAAAAUGGAUCUGCUACUGGAAAGAAAUGCUAGUAUGUACAUAUAUUAUGUAUACUGUUAAGAUUAUGAAAUCAGCAGUGUAAAAAGUAUUGAAACUAAUGAUACUUUUUGAAGAAGACCUUAAAUCUAAAUUAAAUACAUUCUUUAAAUAAUUUGUUGGUGAUACACCCAUGCAAGAUGAAGUAAACGUGAAAGUUACUGAGAAUAUUAUUCAUUUAAGAAUUUUUAAGUGUAAAAUGAAGUAGUUGUGUGCAAGAAGUAAAAAAAAAUUUGAAGUUUCUUGAUAGAGUGUGCAAUUGUACAAAUUGUAAUUUUUACAUAGAAUACUUUUCCAAGCUGUUAAAGUAUUAAUGUUUACAAAAGCCUCAAUAGAAGCAAUGUUUUGUAGAGAAAAUUUGCCAAACAAUAGGACAGUAAUAAAAUAAUUUUUUCUCAAUAAACCAAAUAGAAGAAAAAAUAUAACUUAAAGAAACGUGGCUUUUUAAACAUACUCAAAUAAGAAAUGAAUAAAAUUCAUGCUAAAAUUUGCGCUUGUUAUUUGUACUUUACGUACAAAAUAGUUUCUCAUAACUUAAUUCAAAUAUCCUGCCUUUUGAAAAAAGUGAAUAAUGAAUUGAUAGCAAAUUACAGGCUAUGAAUUAAAAGUAGAUUUGAGCUAUUUUUAUAGCUUUUCAACUUUUAAAACAAAAUACUAAGAGCAAAAAGAUAUAUUUUGACUACCUUUUAGCUAAUAACUCAAAUCAACUGAUCUAAAACGUCCACUUGAAAAAGCCAUAAGUGUAAUUGGUAUUGCAUGUAGCUUGUACUUGAGUAAGUUCAAUCUAUUUAUUGUAGUUAAAAUCAAAUUUAACUAAAAUAUAGUAAUUGUUUUUUUAAAUCAAUGAAAAAUGUAAAACAAUUGUAUGAACCUCAAUUUAACUGUUAGCACAUUCAGUAUUAUUAUGCAAGUAUUACAUAUUUAUUAAUUUAUUAAAAAAAUUUGAUUUACCUGUCAGUAUGUGUGUAUGUAAAAACAUCAUAAGUCAAUAUAUACAUCAAAAACUGUAUAUUCUUAUAAUAAUAGCGUAAUUGAGAUGCCAAGUUUUUUGAAUUUAAUUUUUGAAUAUACUGAAAGUAUUUUUGUGUAAUUGUACAACGUGUCCAUGAUGAAAUAAUUAAGGAUGCACUAUGUUAGUGCUCUAAUCGUCCAAACAGAUCUUGUAGGCAAAGUCUAUAUAUUUUUCGUAAUUAAAAUUAUCAUUUGAUCUCCCACACUUAUUAAUUACUCACUUGAGAAUUUUUUGUUAAAAUUACUAUUAUAUCAAGAUUUUCUAUUGUUUCAAGUUAUACAUUGUUUAUAGUUAAUUUGUUUGUAUUUAACAUUUAAUGAAAGUUACCACUUUUAAACUCUGUAAUUAAGUUAUUGUACUUUACAUUAAGUUAGUGUAUCUAAACAUAUCCGUGCAAUAAAUGAAGUUUUAACGAUAAAAUAAA